AUGACCGUCGUUCAUGUUGUGCUGUUCUCCUUCAAGGACUCCGCAACGGCGGGGGAGGUCGACAGCGUCUGCAAGGGAAUGCUGGCGUUAAAGGACAAGUGCAUCCACCCGACAACGAACAAGCCAUACAUCAAGUCGGCGGUGGGAGGCGUCGAUAACAGUCCAGUAGGCCUCAAUGGCGGAAUUAAAUACGCCUUCGUCUGCGAGUUCGAGAAUGCGGAAGAUCGGGAUUAUUACAACCAGAAGGAUCCCGCGCAUCUAGAGCUCGUCGGCAGCCUGGGAAUUGCAUCAAAGGUGCAGGUUAUCGACUUUACUCCUGGGGUCUUUUGA